AUGGUGGCAAACCCUCGCUUGGGGCAGGGAUGGAUGGAUCUGGUCCUCAGUGAUGAAAACAAAGCAAUGCGCAUUUGGCGCUGCCACCAGAGUGGAAACAAGAAGCGGAAACUUUCAUCGAAUGGCACUUUGCCGUCCCAUGGCCGGACAGAAUUCCUGCUGGCAAACCCGCCUGAAUCAGAUUCGGAGUCAGAUUCACAUGACUCUCCAGCGGGUUCAAGUGAGCCUGAACGCGAGCCGCCCGCGGAAGCUUCUACGUUUGGGAUGUUAGACCCAAAGAGGUGCGAGGCUACUGAAAUGCUGCAGACCCCGAAGACUAUUGUUUGGUGGCCAGAUAUUGAAGGACCUGGUUCUCCACGUCGGGGCAAUUUUUGCACAGAUGCCGACUCUUGGAAUCGGCGUCAGGCCAAAGCUCGGACCAAUUCCGCUGCAGCAGCAUCAGCAAACAAAAAGGCACGAAGAGGACAUCAAGCAAAGAAGAGAGCUCCUAUUGAUGCGCUCCUGACACUAGAUUCUUGCUUGGGAGAAUUCAAUCUUAGCCUGGACAUGUUCCAAAGCAAGUUCUCUGAUCUGGAUCCGCUGGCCAUGGACCCAACGGCUUUGAGAGAUGUGGACUUGGAGAAGGAACGUUUCAUUAUUUUCUUUGCAGACCGCGAAGGUCUUGUGCCAACCUUGAAAACGCCUAUGAAUGUCAACCGCGGCGGUGCAUUCCAAGAUGAGAGCUUUGUUCACGCACGAGCAAAGGCGAUGAUGCUCUUUGAGGAAGUGUUCGGCCCAGAUAGCGAUGAAUUCCUGGAAUUUUCAGACAACUUAGUCAGGGACUUCAACUUGCGUAGUCGCCCAAGCGAUCGCGAAUUGCACAGUCUCUUUCUGGAUGCUGCAGCACAAGCUAUCAGACCCCAAGACCGAGCAGAUGAGGCUUUCGAGAACCCGAUGAAUGAUGAUAGGGUUGAAGUGAAGCCAGCCGGAACAGAGGCUGAAGAGAGAGCAGUCGCAGCAUAUCUGGCACUCAAGCACUCGCGCGAUUUCUGCUUUGCUGGGCUCGGCGAUAUGUGGCUUUCAUGUUUGCUGCAACGUGGGCAAUUGUUCCAGCGGAAAGCAGACAAUCAGUGCUUUGUCAGCCUUGGGUUCCAAGAAUAUGUUUGCUUGGGGUGGAGAUUAGAGAAGGUUGAUUUGCAGGACGGUUCCAUUGCGUACUGGAAGUCUCCGGCUUGUGAUGAUCACUACUCUGCGAUUGCAAAUCUUCAGACUCUGAUUGUCACAGGACUGAGUGGGCUACAGCGGACAGACAAAAAUGAAGAGUUUGCAGGCAUCCCAUUCAGCUUCUGCAGUCCUGAUGACCUUCCGCGUGGACAUCGACAUCAUGGCAUCCUACUUCGGCAAACAGAAUCACCAGAAUCUCUUCUUCGCUAUAUGCUCUGCAACGGAGCAUUGGUUGGUAUCACAGACGAACGCUUGAAGCUCUUGGUUGCCCGCACUAAAGCCAAGAUUGUCAAGAUUCAGGAGAAGUCCAUUGGCAAGAGGUCAUUGCUAUGGAGCCUGAUACUCCACGUCUUUCCUGAAAAAUCUGCUGAUGAGAAAAUGGAAAUGUUAGUGGAAUUGAUGGGCAAGGCCAAAGUCAAAGAGGUUGUGCCAAACGAAAUCAUCGAUCAGGCGCUGAAUGCAAUGCCUCACGAAGAAGUCAAAGCUGAUUUUGAAUCUCUGAGAAACAGUGUGGACAAGGCAAUGAUGUCCGAGAAAUUCAAAGCAGAGGUUACCAGGAAGGUGGGAGUGAGAGGCGAACGAGAGCACUCUACGCCGGAGGCGAUCAAGAAUUUACGACCUCAAUGGAAGCAAUGUGUGCUUUGCAUGGAUGUGGGUUUAUCAUCGUUUGAAGCUUACUAUCCAGCAGGGAGACCUACAAAGUCAGUAUCCAUGAAGUGGAAGAAGAGUGGUGAUGACCAAGGGCAAGACAACGCACGAAGCAAACUGUCUGCUCUAAACUAUUGUUUAGAGUUUCUUUGGCGCAACCAUGAGGAGAAGGGAAGAGACACUGGGCAGAGCUAUGUGCAUUGGCACUAUUUGGAUCUGGGCGGCGGUGAAGUUGGCCUGGAACACGGAUUCUGCUACUACAGGUAUUGCUACUUGCCCGAUGCACCUCCUUUAGAGUGCGCCAGCCUGGAUGGGCCAGGGCUCUCGGAGGUUUUAGAGGAGGCGGAGGACUCCGACAGGACCAUGGAGCUGUGCCGGUCUUUGGUCUCCUACUUGGUCCAAGAGCUCGGGACCUACUUGGCUGACCCCAGUUCAUGGCCCCAAGUGGAGGAGAGCGGCUGGGUCAUCGUCAAGGGAGCGGUCUCGGAGCGUACAGCUGCCCAGGGCGAUUGGCGAGUCUUGCCGCACCUGAGCUCCAAGGAGCGGGUCUUGCUACGACUACGACGCCGUUUGCGAUGCCGUGGUUUGCGUGGGAUAGGUACGCACGCAGGGAGAGGGAAAGUCCCCGAAGCGGAGGCGACUGGCGUUGGGUGGAAGACCCGAAUCGGCUUUGAAGUGGAUUUUUGGCCUAAGAAGAUGUGGGCCCGGCCGGAUUUCAAGUGCACUUUCGUGAGGUACGGGGCAAUAGAGUCGCUGCAAGAGGAGCACGGCAUGACGAAUGAGAGUUUGUCAAAGGGACGGUGCCUUGACGCGACGCUGGGCGACGCCGACGACGCGACCGGGGUGCUCAUGCUUCAUGAGUUGGCGGUUGAACUCAAGCUGCCUGGGACCCUUCGCUGGCUACGGGAGAUCUGCGCUGACCUGGUGGUGUGUUGCCCCAUCGUCAACUUGGAAGCGCCCUUGGCGGCCAAGGUGGUCCAAGUGCCAUGCGUGCCUUUGCUGACGACGGCAGGGCCAGGCAGUGCGAAGCUCUUUUGGGAAAACAUUUUGAGGGCUUUGGGCUUGACCGCCGAGGAGCUUCUAGAAGAGCGAUCUCAAUUUCAAGGACUCGGGAUUAGAAGACUCUUUGAUUGCUUGGCACGUUUGAAGAGGGUCUAUGGGCUUGAGCUUCAUGUGGAGGACACGCUGAAACCACUUGGCCUUCUACGAAGUUGCUUGCUGUCCCAGAUGACCCUCGUGACCACCUUGGACUUCUUGGCGGAUCCCUGUCCGGCAGAGCUGCGAGAAGCAUAUGCUGGUCAUCACUUUUCGUAUGUCGGCCCCUUGUUGGACCGCCCUGGUGCGAAGCGUGUGUCCAACUUCAAGGUCGACGCAGUGAACGCAGCCGCAGUGUGUGCUCAGCGGACGAAGAAAGAGGAGUUGACUCCGUUUUUGGAGCAAAGAGCGAUGGCUUUGGCAGAAGCUGCCCGGGCAGAUGGGCGAGCCAUUGUGCUGGUAAGUCUCGGCACAAUUAUCACCGGCGACCACUCGGACUAUGGUUGGAAUGCACAUUUCACCGUCGAUGGAGAGAAGCGAGGAUUGAAAGUUGACCGCCCGAUGGGGCCUUUGGAAGAAGCUGCAGAUGCGAUUGCAAGGUAUCGUAGUGCCACAGCUGGUGCCUUGAGGAAAGUGAAGAGUGAACCAAGCUUCAAGGAGAUGGCCAUGAUACCAGACCUGAUUCAGAGAGGGUGUGUUGUUCAUUGUGUUCUUUGUGCCUUGAAACGACCACCGCCACGUCGUAAAAAAAUGAUCCAAUCAUCUCAAUACGCUGCGGAUGUGUUCGGACAUUCGUCCCGUUCGGCCCCUUUUUGCAAAGCCAAAUCCCAGGAAGUACGCCGCAUCCUUUAG